AUGGCCUCCUCUGUCGAUGGCGUUCUGGCCAGUAUCGACCAAGUCCAGUCGUUGAGUCCCGACGACUUUACUCGCGUCAUCGAGCACUGGAAAAGACAUGCUGCUAAACUAUGGGCCGGACCAAUGCAGCAGCAGCAGCUCCCUAUGCACGGUCCAGUUCCACCGCCUCAGUCGAGUGGUAUCGGUGUUGGUGUGAGUGUUAUUCAAACAUGCCAAAACGCACCCCCUACACCAGCUACGGAAAACAAUGAUCCUCCGAUCAUGCCGCCGUUCCCCAUACCGGCUCCACUUGCGGUCCCUGGUCCACCUAUAAUCCAUCCAAAACCGAAACGCAAGCCGAAGACUGCUGUUUCAACACCACUUCGUAAUGGCAACAACAACCCCAAUAACGGCAACAAUGGAAUUAUCAACCUUAACCCUAAUCAACACAUGAAUGAACAGCCUCCAACACCAUCUACAACUCCUUCGACUUGGAGUACUACAGCUCGGAAACGUUUAGACGCUAAAAUGCUUUCACUGAAGGAUCACACGGUCCCGCAGCCCAAUGAUGCUACGCUUCAGAUUGCCAUUGAGAAGUUGCGUUAUUUUAUUAUUCGCGCACUGCAUCCGAACCUGCGCGAUAUGAAUAAAGGCGGCGACAACUCCUUAGGCCUGGUACUUCGCCGGCAGAUGAACAUUGAUGGAUAUAUGAAUUGGCUUAGUAUCUCAUCGACGGAGGGAGAUGAGGCGACAAGGAGGCUUGCACAAGUAUGGUUCUUUUAUAAAAUGGCCGAAAUACUUAACUCGUUUUGCGAUGAUGAGAAGCGGCGGGGUGAGGGUGCGAAUGACCAAGGGAGAUUACAGAGAGGGUAUGAUAAGCUGGUGGGUAAAUUGACUUCCUUCUAUGACACUAUGGGCGGGAUGUGA